CUGAAUAUUAUUAAUAAUCCUCUUGAUUUUAAUAAUAAUAAAUAUUUAUCAUUUCAAGGAGAAUUAAUUAAUAUUCAAAUUGAUAUACCACUUAAUGGGAAAUUUUCAAAAUCUACUACAGUUCCAUUUAAUAUUACAACUUCAUCAUUUGAUCUUAUAUUAGAUACUCCAGUAUGGCAUACCACCAAUGCAUUUAUGAAUGAAACAAAAAUUAUGGGAAAUAGUAAAGAUUUUACUAUAGAAGGAUCUUAUACAUUCUUUAGUAUGGUAGAAAUUAAUACUUCGGAUGUAAUUGAAAUAAAAUGUAUUGGAGAUUAUGUUAGUUUAAAAUUUUAUGGAUUCCUUAUUCGAUAUCUCUUUAGUAUUCGAGAGAAUUAUUUUGGUGAUACUAUACAUUUUAAAACUUUUGAAGAGUAUACUCAAACAUUAGAAGAUGAUGGAGAAGAGAGAGGAUUAAAUGUACCUGAUGUAGAAGAUAUUGAUUAUUGGAAUAUUGUUAAGACUGAUAAUGAUGUGGAUGUAUUUUUCUUCUUUCAAGUUCGUCAUGGACUCAUUAUUUUACCGGGGAAUAUUUAUAAUAGUACCAAUCAUAUUGGAUUAACGUUUGAUUCAUUAGAUAUAGAUAUUCGAUUCUGUAAUUAUUAUAUGGAUUUACAAGCCGAUUUAAGUCCUAUUGAAGGUGUAUUAAUUGAUUCAUCUACGAAUUGUUUAGAUAAUCUAUGUAAUACUGCAGCCUAUAAACAAGCUCAUUUUCAUGGUAAACCAGAUAUAAACAUUGAUGGAUUAACUAUUCAUGCUCAUAGAAUCUUUGGCUUACCUCCUGAAGAAAUUACUUAUUUAUGUAUUUGGGAAUUUGCCGUAGAUUCAUUAUUAAUUGAAGGGUUCCCCACCGUAGAUGCCUUAGGAACAUCUAUAAGUACAAUAAUCUUUGGAUUUAAAGAUGUAGAGAAUGCUCUUCAUAGUGAAUUACCUACUACUUAUGAUGGAAUGACUAUUGCCUUUCGAUGUGAAUCAACUAUCAUCAAUCUAGUGCCUGAUUUAAAUGAUCCAUCCACGACAAUGAAUGUGGAUUUAGGAUUUAUUCAAUUCAAUCUCUGUGAUAUCUUUAAUAGACGAUACUCCAAGAAGAUUACGGCAUUCAUACCUGCUAUAGAAAUUCAAUUAAUUGAGAAACUAUCCACUAACACUAACAGAAUCAUUGGUCAUAUGAAAUCAUCCCUUGUAUUCAAUAAUAUCUGUCAGGAUGCAGGGAUGCCGCAAAGAAGACAAGAUCUAAUUGAUCAUAUGAAAAGAAAUGAUGCUCCCUUCCAUCGAUGUCCGUUUAUGCUUUAUCCUGAAGAUCGGAAUCAGGCCUUUAAUGAUGCUUAUGGAUGCUUUCUAACUUCAUUAACCUUACCCAAGAUCCCUCCUCCCCUUACAGCCGAUACGUAUAUGGAAGAUAGUGAUGUAAGUGAUUCAAUUGAUUUGGAAUCAGAUAUAUCGGACAUAUCGGAUAAUGACAAUGAGAAUGAUAUAUAUUAUUCUCGAAGUCUGGGGAAAUUCUCGCCCACCAUCAAUUAUAAUGAUGAAGAUUUCACUCCUGCCAGUAAAUAUGAUCCCAGUAAUGAAUAUGAUAAUUUCAUAUUGGAAUUUGAUGAAGUGCAACUGUUCUUAACUCCUCGCGGACUACUUAGUCUAUCGAAAUUAGUAGAAAUGAAACAACCCAAUAUCGAUACAUUACUUGAUAAGUUUCAAGAAGAGAUUGUGGGGAAGCUUAAGAAGUACUUAACAUCUAAAUCUCUAAUUACCAAUACGAGAGUCGUAUGUCCUGAAAUAACAAUUCGAUUAGGAGAAUUCGAAGUGAGUGAAGCUCGAGAAGUAUUUGCCAAAUCACAAUUGGUGCCCACUAUUAAUGUUCAAAUAAUUGAACCAUCAAUAGCUCUUUCUAAAUCAGUGGUAAAGAAAUCAGGUGAAAUGCUGGUGGAUACUCAAGGAGGUUCAGUAGUGGCCUUACAUGUUAAAGAAGUUAUAGGUAAUGUUCUGAAUCCCCAAGGGUUUGUAAUGCCUGUCUAUAUCAGUAUGAAAGAUAUUGAAUUAUGGAUACUGGAAGAGAAGGAGAUUGUGGGAUCAGUCAAUGUGGAAGAGAUUGAAGCCGACAUUAAAGCCGAUCAGAUGGAAUGGCUCAUUAAGUAUGCUUUACAUCUACAAGAUGUAUUAGCUCCCACUAUAGAUCAACUUCAUAAACAUCAUAAGGGAGAGAAAGAAGCUACUGCCGAAAUGAUAUAUAGGUUAUCUAUGGCAGCAGUAGAUCAUCAUAUUGAUCAUGAUCCAGGAGUAUUAACUAAACCGGCUUAUAUCCUUAGAGCCAAACGAGAUCAUGUGAGAUACUUUGAUAUUUGGAAAGUAAUGACAAGGAUAAGACAUAUAAAGAAUAAUCUACCACAGAAUUGGUUUACCACCAAUCCUCUAGGAGAUCUUAAUUGGCAAUUACCCCCUUCAGCUUAUGAGGAUGUGUUGGAUAUCUUCUCUCGAUGGAGAAGUUGGGAAGCCAAUCAGACGCAAAGAAGCUUUAUGUUUAAGAAUAUCUUUUCUGAAGAAGUGCCAGUAGAAAAGGAUAUGGAGAUGCAGAUCGAAGUGGGUAAUAUCUCGAUUAAAUUGGCUAAUAAGUCAGAUGGUUCUGAUAGUAUAGUAAUUGAGAAACUUGGAGGGAACGUUAAGAAACAGGCUCUGAAUCAGGUAGGAGUAGUGGUCAAUGUGGGAUCAUAUAAUAGUCGACUUUCGACUAUCAGUAUGGAUACAAUCCAUAGUGUGGUCAGAAGUAUGAGUGCCAACACUUCUAAAGAUGAAUCCUUAUCUUCUGAAGAUGGUUCUUCUUCUUCUAAAGAGCCACUCAGCUUAUUCCUUACCCUCACCAUUACCGACUUCUACCAACAAGUAUCCCUCCCAUUCUCAUCAUUAGAACUCGUAGCUAAGGACAUAUCUAACUCUGUCAAUGUGUUGGAAACUUCUACAUUGAUUAGUACUGAUUUGGCAAUGGUAGAAGUAGGCGUAUGGGGUAAAGACCAUAAGUUCUUGACUACCAAAGUUCAUGAUAUAGGGCUUAUCUUUGCCGAUACCACGUUCAAACGAAUUGAUCUAAUGAUUGGAUCGAUAACGUCGAAGUCUCAGGAUCAACGAGGGUUACUUCCCUUAGCCAUAGAGAAGAUCAUGAGUCAGGAUGUAGCGUACAUUGAGAAUAUGAUCCCUAAACAGACCACCACCACUUCCACCACCACCACUACAGACUUCUCGUUAGCUGACUUGUGUCUGGUGGUAGUAAGUGUAGAAAUCACCGAAGUCAAUUGGCUCAUGGAGGUGAUCCCCCAUUUAGCCAUUAGAGGUCUUGUUCGAGAGUCUAAAUUGGAAUUAAGUACCAUAGAUAAUGAUCUAAGUAUCAAUUGGUAUACUCAGAAAGCCGAUAUAGCUGCUUCAUUAGAUCGAUCACAAUUGUUUGAAGUUCAAAACUCUCAUAUUUGGAUUAAUUGUGAUGUGGAUAUGGCUCGAGAUUUGUAUCUUGUCAAGUCUUCUGCCAAUGUAGGUAAUACGAAAUUCUUAGUUCCCGAAAUCACUCGAACUUCAGAACGGAUCCAUGCGAGAAAGGAUCAUAUUUUGAAUAGUAUUAAGAAGUUUGAGGCGAUUAUGAAGAAAGACGAGAGUGUUAAAGUGGCCACUACUACUGGUACUACCACCACCACCACCACCAACUUACUUGAUCGUAUAGCCUUUAAAUUCCGAUUCACUAAUGAUUAUAUCGGAGUAGUGACACUUGUAUCAGAUGCUCGUUACUCAUACGAAAUGGAAACCGUCAGUUUUGGAAUUCAAAAUGUAGCCAGUACGUUGGCUAUUGAUCAAACAAUUAUUCAUACUUUAGUACCCACCUAUGGAGAACUUGUUGUAGCCGCAGCGAGAAUCUUUAUUAUUCAUAAAUCAAUUCCUAUGACCAUAUCUAAUCUUUUAGAUGUGAAUGUCGCCAUUAAAGUAUUUAAUGAUAAUGAUAAAGAUAAACCGAAAGCUGGUUCGAGAUCUCUUCAAGUUGAAUCUCAAUAUUGUCGAGUCUGUUUGGGUCCUUCAUCAUUGUUUAAGAUUAUUAAUUUUGUAGAUGCUAUAAUGGUUAUUAUGAAUAAGUUUGAUAGUGAUAGUAAUAGUGAUAGUGAUAGUGAAACAUCAACACCUCCUAUGGAUUAUUCAGAAAUCACCAAGAUCUUAAGUUCAGUCCAGCUAUUAUCUUAUAAUUUCUGUUUAGGUUGGUUAUUCCCCACUCCUCUGAAGGAAUAUCCCGGUAUCAUUCUUGGAGCUGAACGAUUCUUUGUAGUGGCCGAAGAAAGAUUAGGUAAAUUCACAUUAAUUGAUGCUUAUUUAUCAGUAGCUAAUGGUUCAAGUGCUUCUAAUUUCUUUAGUUUACUGAGUGAAAAGAAUAAUUUAAAUCGAGCUUUAUUACCCAAUAUGCAAUUUGUAUAUUCGGUAGAGAAUAGUGUGGAUAUUCGAAGGAAUAUGAGGAUCUUAAUUACUGGGGAUGAAUUGGAUGUAAAGUUCUUAUCCACCUCUAUGGUCAUAGUCGAACAUUUAGGUACUUCUAUUAAUCAUGUUCAACGAUUCUUACGAUCAAGACAAUUGUCUAUCAUUAAGAAGGAUCAUCCACCACCUCCAGCUCAACCUCAAACUCAAACUCAGGAUUACGUUAGUAGUUUCCAAUCAGCCUUUGAUUCCGUUGAGUUCCUAGCCACUUUUGCGGGUUCAAAUGUCCUUCUAUAUCGAUUGGAUACUGAUGAAAGUGGUGAAGCUCCUUCAUUAUUUUUACACUCUCCAGCCGUCAAGAUUGCCUUCCAGUAUAAACAUCAUAAAUUUGAGAAGGUGAAACAUAUAAUUAAGGGAGAAAUCCUAACGUUCCCCUCUGACAAUACCGUGUAUUCAUCAUGUGUUCCAGUAAUUAUAGACAUUGUAGAAGGAGUUACUCGAAUGAUGCAGAACUCCAAGCAUCAUUCAGAUACUCCAAGCAAUAAUAAUGUUAAUGUUAAUGUAUCUGGAGCAGGUGGAGCCAUGAACUUUGAUAGUGUGUUUGGAGAUAUGGAUAUUCAUUUUGGACUUAAGAUUGAUAAACAACAAUUAUCUUUAAGUUGUGAACCCACUGCUAAAGUGGCUACGGUAGUAGGAAUUGAAAGUAUUUAUAUUCAAUUAAAUUCUACUGAACCAGGUUUAGCCUUAACCAUUUUAUUUGAUUCUAUAUCUGCAUCUUUACAACAUAUAUAUUCUCGAGAAAUUAGUGGAUCUAUAUCCAUUGAAAAAGUCAUAUUAAGUAGUUGUUUAGAUAUUUAUGAUGGACUUCAAUUCCGAUCGUCUGGAUGUUUGGUAGAUGUAGAUGGAUAUAUUAAUGUUAAACAAUAUCAAGAUGUCGAAUUAUUUAAAGAUAUUUGGUUUCCUAAGAAACAUUUAGAUGUUUAUUCAAAUAAUAAUGGUCAACCUCAUAUAUCUCAAAGUAUGAGUCUUACCAAUCGAUUUAAAGAAGUAUCGAAUUCUUAUGCUGUUCCAUGGGUUGUAACAUUCUUUGUUACCAAUAUUUCUUUAAGAGUUGAUUUCGGUCAAUCCUUAUGUGAUACAAGUCUUAAUGUAGAUAUGUUAUGGGCCGUAUCUAAGAAAUCAACUAAUUGGUCACAAGAUUUAAAACUUGGAGUUAAUACUAUUAAUUUAGAAUGUAAGGGAAGACUUGGAGGUAAUUUAAAAAUUAAAGAUAUAAAUAUUCAUACAGCCAUUAAUUGGAUGAGUGAUGAUAUAAUUCUUGAUAUUCCUUUAAUUUUAGUAUCUAUUGGUAUUGAAAAAUUACAUUUAAAAUUAUCAUUUGAUUAUCAUGUAUUUGCUAUUGCCAAUAUUGAAGAUUUUUCUAUGAGUAUCUUUAAUCAAAAGAGUGAAUUAAGUAAUUUAAAGGAUCGAUUAUUUGUAUUAUUUAGAUUUGAAGCUGCCGAGAUUUAUAUUACUUCAUUAACAGCUUCAAAUUGUUUGGAUAUUUAUAAUACAAUAUCAAGAAUGGUUCAAGAUAAUCAAAGAUCUUAUAAAGAAAUUCUUCGAGAUGGUAAAGGUAUGAAACAAAAAUCUUCAAGUGAUUAUGAUAAAGAAAUGUUAGAAACUAUAAAGAAAUUAGAAACUCAAAUUGAAGUGUUUGCUGGUCAUGUAUUAAUUCAUGUUUAUCCUACAUCAUUUAAUGAUUCUAAAGUAUUGGUAGUUAAAUUAGAUGAAUCAAAGGCUAAUUUCCAACAGAAUGAAUAUACUAGUGGAGUAUCUAAUGAAUUAGAUAUUCAAUUUAAUGAUUUAACUGUAUCAUUAUCAGUAACUCAACCAGUACUGGAUGAAUUCAUAACUGAUUGUACAGUCAAUGAUUUUGUUGAUUAUGCUCAUAAGGCUAAAGGAGGACAAAUCUUUUUAUUCCCAUCAUUUAAGAUUUCAAUGAGAACAUUUCAAAAGGAUAAUGAAAAUAUUAUUGAAUUCCUUUAUCAAUCUACUUUUGAUGGUACUGUAGAUAUUCGAUGGAACCUUGGAUCAGUUAAUUUUAUUCGAGAGAUGUUUUCUAUUCAUCAAAAUGCCGUAGCUUCAAGAACAGUUUAUAGAAAAGUCGGUGAACAAGUAGGAUUUAAAGAAGAUAUAUUUAAAUCUCAAGAUGGUCAAGCAUCUACAAUUAUGAGACAACAAUUAAAUGAAGAAGAUCCAACAUCCGAAAUUGAUCAAGCUAUUAAUAAUACAAUUCUGAAAGUAUCAGAAGAAUCUCAAUUUCAAUAUUUACCAUUAGCACCACCAAUUAUUGAAGCUCCACAAUUAAAAGAACUUGGAAAUGCUACGCCUCCAUUAGAAUGGUUUGGUUUACAUCGGAAUAAGUUUCCUAAUGUUACCCAUCAAAUUGGAAUUGUCGCAUUACAAAAGAUUAUAAGAGAAGUCGAGAUUCGGUACUCCAAGAUUCUUGGCCGAGCCUAGUUAAUGUAUAGU